AUGGGUGGGUCAGGAAAUUGGAUUAGAUCACUAAUAUCUAACAGAAAACCUGUCGAUGAUCAGCUGGAGAAGUUGAGUGAUAAGAGCAGCAAGAAGAAAUGGAAGUUGUGGAGGAUUUCUUCGGAGAGCUUCUCAUCUUCUUCUUCCUCAAAGGAAGGUUUUUUCAAGAGCCGAGGAAGCUAUGGACUUUCUUCGUUAGGCUCAGAUCCACCUUCCUUCUCGGCCGAUGAGGCUUUCACUGUUGCAAUGGCAGCUCUCAUUCGAGCUCCUCCAAAGGAUUUCUUGUUGGUUAAGAGAGAAUGGGCUUCAACAAGAAUCCAAGCUGCUUUUCGCGCCUUCUUGGCAAGACAAGCGUUUAGAGCUUUGAAGGCUGUAGUGAGAAUCCAAGCAAUAUUUCGUGGUAGACAAGUUCGAAAACAAGCAGCCGUUACACUCAGAUGUAUGCAAGCUCUUGUUCGUGUUCAGUCUCGUGUGAGAGCUCAUCGCAGAGCGCCUUCAGACUCAACUGGACUGAAAGAUCCUGCAAAGCAGACCGAGAAGGGUUGGUGUGGUAGCCCAAGAAGUAUUAAGGAAGGGAAAACAAAGUUACAAAUGAAGCAAGAAGGGGCUAUUAAGAGGGAACGAGCUAUGGUUUAUGCUCUCACACAUCAGUCGAGGACGUGCCCAAGUCCAAACGCAAGAGCGAUAAAGCAUCAUGGUUCGCGCAAGAGCAGUCCUGGUUGGAACUGGUAUGACGAUGUUGGGACAUUUUCAAGGAAAAGUAGUGAGAGCAGUGUAUUGUCUGAACAUGAGACUGUAAAAGUCAGGAAGAACAAUCUUACUUCAACUAGAGUUCUUGCUAGACCUCCUCUAAUUCUUCCACCGAUUUCAUCUGGCAUGAGUUCUGAUUCUUUACACGAUGAGACAUCGACCUCGUCGACAUCUCAGUCACCAGUUCCAUUCUCCAGCAGUGUUCUUGAAGGUGGUGCGUACUAUCGAAAGCCGAGCUACAUGAGCCUGACACAAUCUACUCAUGCCAAACAAAGACAAUCAGGAUCAUCUUGCAAUGGAGAUGCAAGACGCAGUGCUGGUUCAGACCACUGUACUGAUCUAUACCCACCGGGGAUAGUAACUGGAAGACAUGUCUGGGCCAAGAGCAAGCGAAGCUAA